AUGAAGUUCGGGAGAAACCUCCCUCGAAACCAGGUGCCCGAGUGGGCAUCCUCGUACAUCGACUACAAGGGCCUCAAGAAGCUCAUCAGAUCGGCUUCGGAAACGGCAGAAAGAGGAGAAACUGCGGAUCUUGCAGAAUUCUUCUUCGCCCUGGACCGCAACCUCGAGGAUGUCGACUCUUUCUACAACAAAAAAUUCGCCGAUAUCGACCGCCGGCUCCGCCUCCUUCAAGGCCGUUAUGGCACAUCGCCCGACGUGGCCGCCAAUCUCGACCAGGACGAGAUCGAAGAGCUGAUGGGGGCCCUGCUCGAACUGCGCAGCCAGCUGCGCAACUUGCAGUGGUUUGGCGAAAUCAACCGGCGAGGCUUCGUCAAGAUCACCAAAAAGCUGGACAAGAAGGUGCCCAACACCACCACCCAGCACCGCUACAUUGCCACCAAGGUCGACCCCUGCCCGUUUGCACGCGACACAACCAUUGCGCGUGUUAUGGCCAGGGUCAAUCGCUGGCUCCUGGCGCUCGGUGAUGCCAACCAGGUCGACGACGCCCGCUCGGAGCGCUCCGUCCACUCACUCGGCCGUGCUUCGACAAAAGCAAUGUUGAACUUGUCCAGCGCCGUCCUUGAACAGCUGAACCAAGCCAUUCAAACCGACGACGUCAAGAGCCUGGAAGCUGGUCUCCGCGAGAGCCAUCUUCUAGACUUGGGCGAGGGCCCUCCAGCCGAGACCAAGGCUCCCGCGCUGGAGAGAUCGUAUUCGGCAUCCUCGUCCUCAUCCACGAUGCCCUCUUUAACGUCAGCAGCGUCAUCCCACAGCCUGCUCCUCAACCUCCUGCAGCGUGCCAUUUCCGUCCGCUCGAAGGAGACCAUUCGCUACUUGCUCAGCCACAUACCGUCACUGGACGAGCCUGACGAUAUCAACCAGCGCACUUGCAUUCACCGGCUUGUCAUCCACAUUGGCCGAAGCAAAUCUACGCCCCCUGAGACAGUGCAGCAGGAUACAACCAGUCCGGCGAACCCAAAGUCGCACAUCAACCACUACUCCACCCAGUUCGUCACACCGGCGACGUCUCCGAUGCCCGUCCCUCGCGCAAGCUCCACAAACGAGGCCCGGCCGCUCGAGGCCGGUGACCCGCGUGUUCAGCUCCUCACCUUCCUCCUGGACAACCUCAGCCCCGCCCAGCGCCUCUCGCUCAGCGCCCGCGACUCGUUCGGGCGCAUGCCUCUUCAUUACGCCGCGCAGUUUGGCUUUGUUGUCGUGUGCCAGACGCUCAUGUCUCGCAUGCAAUUGUGGGGUCAAUACAAUGUGGCGAACGGCAUCGAUUCGCCAGAGUGGCAGGACAAUGAGGGCUACACGCCGUUGCACCUCAGCGUGAUUGGCGGCCACCCCUUGACCACCAAGGCCCUGCUCGACAGCGAGGAUUGGCAAGGUGUGAGUGAGCACAAGAGCGCGGUUCGGAAGACAAUGGUCAAGUCCAGCGCGGUGCUUGCCAUUGCUACAAAGCACAACCACUUCAGAAUUGUGCAGAUGCUUGUCGACGCGGGCGUCGACCUGAACUGGCAGGACGAAAUCGGCGAGACCGCCCUGCACAUCGCGGCGCGCUUUGGCCAUGACGAAUGCGCCAAAAUCCUCCUCAAAGGAAGCGAGACGCAAAAGGCGGAUCUGGAGCUCGCAGAAAAGUCCUAUGCCUGGACAGCGCUUCACAUUGCCGCCGUGGAUGGCCAUAUCGGGGUCGCUCGCCUUGUCGUGGAGGCAGGGGCUGACGUCGACAAGGCCGAUUCCUCCGGCUGGACUGCUCGGGAGCACGCAGCCCUGCGCGGCCACCUGGACAUUGCACGGCUCCUGCUGCAGCACUCCCGGGCGCCGCCGGGAACAGAGGCAUCUGUAGAUGGAGCUGCCAGCGGCACGUCAUCCAACGGCACGCCGCCGACCGCGGAUCCAACCCCGAACCCCACACCCGCGCCUCUUGGUGCGGCAGCGCCGUUGUCGUCGGCACCACCCUCGUUAAGCACGUCGCCGGACAAGCACUCGUCCCUCGGCGAUCGCCGGUCGAAUGGGGCAUCGCGACUGGCUUCGGCCCAUGAUGCAGCCCCGCCACCACAGCCCGUUCGCACGUACGGCCAUCGUUAUCUCACCGACGAAUCGCUGGUCCUGGUCAGCCUGGGCUCCAUGGAUAUGCGCAAGUCUGUUGAGGCAGUCAAACUGGACGAUGUUCCGCUCACCGAAGCGCACCAGACGCAGCUUGACACGGCCUUGUCCGUUGUGGUGUCGGCCGUGGGAGCCACGGGCGAGCCGUCGGUGAUUGACCUCCCUGUCCAGGAGAAUAUCUCGACGGAGCCGAUUGUGUUCACAACGCGCAACCCCAGCGGCGUGAGAUUCCAAUUCGACAUUGUCCCGACGUACUCUGGCAACGAGAAAAACAGAAUUGGCCGCGGCGUUGCGCUCCUGGCACCGCUGCUUCCGGACCCGCAUGCGUCGCUGUCUGGCCUGCAGAGGGACGUCUCUGUGCCGAUCCAGUCGGCCGAUUUCGACGUGAUUGGCAAAGUGAACUUCAACUUUUUGGUGGUGACGCCCUUCACGCACCCCAAAAUGGGUGUGCGAUCGGAGCAGACGUACUGGAAGAAGGUGUCGUCGACGCCCAUGGUCAUUGGCCACCGCGGCCUCGGCAAAAACUCGUCGUCCAACCGGUCGCUGCAGCUCGGCGAGAACACCGUACCGUCGUUUAUUGCGGCGGCCAACCUAGGCGCCAAUUACGUCGAGUUUGACGUGCAACUCACCAAAGACCAUGUGCCGGUGAUCUACCACGACUUUUUGGUCAGUGAGACCGGCCUGGACGUGCCCGUGCACACACUGACGCUGGACCAAUUCUUGCACAUUAACGGCGGAAAUGACCGCAGCAGCAAGAACAGCGGCGGCCGCACCAGCAGCGGCCAUGCCGACGGCGUUAAAAAGGGGGACGGCGCAGCGGAUGCCGGCGGGGCAUCUGGGUCUCGACCCCAGGCUGCUGUUGUGGCCGAGACUGCCAGCGGUACUCUGGCGGUCGUCGGCGGUGGAGCUGGUGGUGGUGGCGUCCCUACCGUACACUUUGACACCAGCGUGGUUGAUGCUCGCAGCCACAGCAAGGGCGAUCGCAAGAACGGGUACCGCCUGCCUCGCCGGGCCAUGUCGAUGUCGAUGGAUGACUCGUUGGAGAAGCGCGACAAUCUCAACGAGCGCAUGAAGCACACGCGCGACUUCAAGGCCAAAGGCUUCAAGGCCAACUCGCGCGGCAACUUCAUCCAGGCGCCGUUUGCGACGCUGGAAGACCUGUUCAAGCAGCUGCCUCCGUCGGUGGGCUUCAACAUUGAGAUGAAGUACCCCAUGUUCCACGAGUCCCAGGAGCAAGGGAUGGAGCCGUCGGCCGUCGAGCUCAACAUCUUUUGCGACACGGUCUUGAAGACGGUCUACGACUUGGCCAACGGCCGCGACAUUAUCUUUUCGUCGUUCAACCCCGACAUUUGUCUCUGCCUGUCGUCCAAGCAGCCCAACUUCCCGAUCCUGUUUCUGACCGACGCAGGCGGCGCGCCCGUGGGCGACAUCCGCGCAAGCAGCCUGCAGGAGGCCAUCCGGUUUACGCGGCGCUGGAAGCUGCUGGGCCUCGUCAGCCUCGCGGACCCGUUCGUCAUCAGCCCCCGGCUGGUGCGCGUGGUCAAGCAGAACGGGCUCGUCUGCGUCAGCUACGGCGCCGUGAACAACCAGCCCGAGAUGGUGGAGAAACAGCGCCAAGUCAAAGAAGGCAUCGACGCCGUCAUUGUGGACAGCGUGCUGGCCAUUCGCAAGGGCCUGACAAAGGAGGAGGCAACGACGUCCAGUGUCGUCGUUGGCGACGACGUCGCUGAGUCAACUGAUGUAUCCGGCACGAAGUCGGAGUAA